AUGGGAGCUGCGGGCAACGCAAGCCUUGAUCUGUUACCCUUCUUCCUGACUGGCAUCCCAGGACUGGAGGCCCAACAUGGCUGGCUCUCCAUCCCCUUCUUCACCAUGUAUAUCGUGGCUAUUGUGGGCAACAGCCUAAUCAUGGCAGCAGUGCAGGCAAACCCUGCCCUGCAUGAACCAAUGUACCUGUUCCUCUCCAUGUUGGCCAUCACUGAGGUGGGAGUUUCUGUAUCUACACUGCCCACUGUCAUGGGCAUUCUUUGGUUUGAUGCCCGCCAGGUUGACUUUGAUGGCUGCCUGGCCCAGAUGUUCUUCAUUCACACCUUCUCUUGCAUGGAGUCAGGGGUUUUGUUGGCCAUGAGUUAUGACCGCUUUGUAGCCAUCUACAAUCCGCUGAGGUAUACGGCCAUCUUGACCUUACCCCGUAUCAUCUCCAUUGGUCUGGGAGUUACACUGAAGGGUGUGGCACUCAUGGCCCCCCUUCCAGUCCUUUUGAGGCAACUGCCAUAUUGCCACGCUAACAUCCUCUCCCACUCCUACUGCCUGCACUCUGACCUGAUCCAGCUGCCUUGUGCUGAUACAAAGCUCAACAGCAUCCUGGGCUUGGCCAUUGUCCUGGCCACUUUUGGACUAGACUCACUGCUCAUCGUGGUCUCUUAUGUGCUGAUUCUUUACACAGUGCUGGGCAUUGCCUCCAGGGAGGGACAGCAGAAGGCCCUUAACACAUGUGUGUCACACAUCUGUGCAGUGCUUCUGUACUAUGUACCUAUGAUUGGUGUGUCUGUGAUGCAUCGUGCUGCCAAGCAUGCCUCACCCAUGGUCCACACACUCAUGUCUAGCAUCUACCUCUUUGUACCUCCUGUGCUCAACCCCAUCAUCUACAGUGUCAAGACUCAGCCAAUCCGACAGGGAAUUGUCACCUUAUUCAGCAAGAGGAAAAUGCUUUUUUCAUUCAAAGGAAACAUGGACUUUCAGUCAGUUCAUAAACCCUAAUGGUGUUUCUGGUAUGGGGAAAAUUCUACAAAAGGCAUUUUGAGGAGAAAUAGGGAGGAGGGAUUCAAG